CUCCAGCCCGCCUGCCCGGGGCAGACAGGCGCGGGGCAGGAGCGCGGAGCAAGGCUGGAGGUGGAGGGAGGAAGUGCCCGCGAGGGUGAUGACAUCACCGCCCAGCCCUUGAAAGAUGAGCUGUUCCCGCCGCCACUCCAGCUCGGCGCUGGAGGCUCCGAAGACGACAGGGGACUUCAGGCGCCCCGCUGGACCGGGGGGCCACGGAGGUGCCCGCCGCGCCCGUGCGCCAGACAGGCCCGGCGGGGCCCCCGCUCACGUCCUCUGCGUCCAGAUGUUCUCUGCCUGGAAGGAACCGAUGUUCCUGUCGGUUCAUAAGGACGCCGUGCCCACCGCUGCCUCUCUUGGCGUCGACAUGCUCAACCUCACCUCGCAAGUCCCGGAGCCCGCUCUCAACGGGACCCUUCCCCAGAGCAGCAGCUGCUUCCACUCGGACUGGUGGAACUGGCUCAACACCAUCCAGGCCCCCUUCCUCUGGGUCCUCUUCCUCCUGGCAGCUCUCGAGAACAUCUUUGUCCUCAGCGUCUUCUGCCUGCACAAGAACAGCUGCACGGUGGCAGAGAUCUACCUGGGCAACCUGGCCAUGGCGGACCUGAUCUUGGCCUUGGGACUGCCCUUCUGGGCCAUCACCAUCGCCAACCACUUCGACUGGCUCUUCGGGGAGGUCCUCUGCCGCGUGGUGAACACCAUGAUCUACAUGAACCUCUACAGCAGCAUCUGCUUCCUCAUGCUGGUCAGCAUCGACCGCUACCUGGCCCUGGUGAAGACCAUGUCCAUGGGCCGGAUGCGCGGGGUGCGCUGGGCCAAGCUCUACAGCCUGGUGAUCUGGGGCUGCACGCUGCUCCUGAGCUCGCCCAUGCUGGCCUUCCGGACCAUGCACGAGUACGCGGCCGAGGGCCACAACGUCACCGCCUGCAUCAUCAAGUACCCCUCGCGCAGCUGGAUGGUGUUCACCAACAUCCUCCUCAACUCCGUGGGCUUCCUGCUGCCCCUGAGCAUCAUCACCUACUGCACCGUGCAGAUCCUGCAGGUGCUGCGCAACAACGAGAUGCAGAAGUUCAAGGAGAUCCAGACGGAGAGGAAGGCCACGGUGCUGGUCCUGGCCGUGCUGCUGCUGUUCGUCGUCUGCUGGCUGCCCUUCCAGAUCAGCACCUUCCUGGACACGCUGCUGCGCCUCGACGUCCUCUCGGGCUGCUGGGACGAGCACGUGGUCGACGUCCUCACGCAGAUCGCCUCCUACGUGGCCUACAGCAACAGCUGCCUCAACCCGCUGGUGUACGUGAUCGUGGGCAAGCACUUCCGCAAGAAGUCGCGGGAGGUGUACUGGCGGCUGUGCGGGAAAGUGGGCUGCGGGCCCGAGCCCAGCCAGACGGAGAAUUCCCUGGGCACGCUGCGCACCUCCAUCUCCGUGGAGCGCCAGAUCCACAAACUGACCUAGGCGACGCGGAGCAGCCGGGGAGCGGAAGCCGCCAGGGCUGCUAGUGCGCAUGACCAUUGGUGGACAGCAAAUCCCGUGCGUGGCCUUGGGCGGUGCGUCUGGGGUCUCCCGUAAAACUCAGGAGCUGAAUCCCCACCGGCCCAAGUUGCAGGGAGCAGUGUCGGGAGGUUGGCGUGAUCUGGUACACAGCCAACAGCCCAUAACAUGCCAGUGUUAUUGGUCAGGUUCGCUGCCACCCCUGGGCCAGUCCGCCCCUUCCCAGGAGUGGAGGGAGCCUGGGGGCAGGGACGGAGCGACUGAGCUUCCUUCCCACGGGAUGUCCCACCCCGCCCCAGCAUGACAGCUCAGAUCUCCAGCAAUGCCACCCAGCUUUGGUGCCACGGCUGAGUGUCCCACGCAUGGGCCCGGCUGCCAUCUCGCCUCGGGUUUCUUCAAACCGCUCAGCUAGGACUUUGGAGGCUGAGUCUCAGGUUAAUGAAAGUGAAACCCUGAGGUCCCCGGUAAGAACCCGGAGACCAGGAUUUUUUGUUCCCCGCGUGGAAAGACAAGGUGCCAAAGAAGCCAAUAAGCACUUAUGCAGCACUUGCUGUGUACACAGCAUCGAGUUCCGUGGGUAAGAAAAGAAAAAGAAAAUACAGCCUCCAUCUUGAAGGAACCUGCGGACUCGUGGUAAUUCAGGGUCUGCAACCGCCAGAAGGCGGUUCAAGACGCGGUCAGGCAAGGCACCGUGGGCGACGCGGGCUGGCGGGGCGAGAAGCAGACGCCCCCAGCUCAGCCGAUAACUAGUUGCACGCGGCUGCGUCUCGGCCUGGGUUUGCUCCUCUGUAAGACGAGGUUGUUGUGGGGAAUAAAGGAGGUAACAAGCAGGGAAGUGCUUUGACACAUGAAAGGUGCUAUCUAAAUGUGAGGCGUCACUGUGCCCACAGAACGGAAGUAAGUUCAUCUCGAAGAGAAAGACACAGGUUCAGCCAAAGGCCUGUAGAAUCGGUCUUGUAGCUAAUGGUUGUGUAAAGCACCCGUUAGUGUCUGACACAUAAUAGGUGUUCAAUAAUGUUAGCUCCCUUCCACCACCUGUCCUUCCCAUCAACCUGCCCCACCCCCACCCCCGCCCCCGACACACACACACACACACACACACAAGCAUUUUCGGUAAGGUCACCUGUUCGGUGGAGAUGGGAGAAGGCCCUCCCCAACCCGCCUCCAGUAAGUUAUUGGCGCAAAGCAGCUACUGCGCAGGGGCCAGGGCUCCGCCUCUUGUGGGAGGGGCUGAGGGCGGGGCGGGCAGUGAUGGGCGGGGCAGGGAGCAGGUACCAGGUGUCAGGCCAGAAGAAGCUGGACCAAGCAUCGUUGGCCAGAGGCUUUAUGGACAGCCUUGGCCCCAAGCCCUAGGACCUCUGGGAGAUUUGUUUCUUCUUUCUCUAUGGGUGUGCAGCCUGCUUCCUGUGGCCGGCCCACAAAGAGAUAAGGAGAAUGCACCACCCAGGCGCCAACAACAAUUGCUUAGAGUCGAGGCAGGGAGGGGCGCUCCAUAGCCCUGGAGUUCGGGAGCUACAGAGGGUAAUGUAGGCAGCGCCGGGGAAGCACCCACUUGUUCUAAAUGGGUGGUUUGGGGCAGGCUCUCCCUGGAGGAUAGCACCUAUAGGACCAGGCAGAUUAGAUGACAAAGAUCCCACAAAUCCCAAGCAAUCCUGCUCUGGAUUUUAAAAGAGAAAGCGUCCAAGUUGCCACUGUGAUGUAGCAUUGUCGCUGCACCUGCUCAGGUUGCAGCUGCGGCUGGGAUUCAGUCCCUGGCCUGAGAACUUCCAUAUGCCAUGGGUGCAGCCAAAAAAAAAGAGAGAAAGGGUCAAAAAUGAUCUCCUCUCCAUCCCAGCCUUUUUUUCCCCCCCUGCCAAUCAUCUUCUGCCCCAAUGAAUAUACACACUUGUAGCUGGAGAAAGAAAACAGGUGAAAUAAGAAGUAAGAACGAUUUAGUAUUAGAAUGAAGUUAAACCAUGAACAUAUGGGGGGGGGACUGGGCUUUGGAGUGUGUGACACUCUUUCAUCAGCAGGUGUGCAUGAUCUGAGAGUCUCCUGUGGGCAGAGCCGCAUCACAGCCCUGGGCUCUCAGUGGUCAUUUAGGGUCUGUGUGUGGUCUAAGGGGCAGCCUGUCCGUGGAAGAGGAGUUGCCCCUUGGGUUGUGCUGAUUCCGUGAUGAAGAAUGUCUGUCCUGUGAAAGACCCAAAAAGCUCUUCCUUUGUAAAGAGGGAGCAUUUCGCAAAUGAGGAGAAAUGGCUGAACCCCGUACACAUGUGUCUUUUCUGUCCAGCAUAAUAAAUGGAUGAGGCCUU